AUGUCGGUUCGGGAAGCGAAACCGGUGGAACUGAGUUGUGUAAUCUUGUCAAUCGCUCAGCUGAUUCUCAACUACGUUCCGGGUAAAACUCGACGGCGCCAUCAUCGAAUCGAUUACCUCCAUCUCCGCCCUCAAUUUCUGCUCUCAUCGAAGCUGAAUCUCAAUCUUAGAUUCUCGCUUACAGGUUCACCAUCUGAAUACCUCGACACCUCUGCAUUGUUACAAAGGUGCCUUCUUAAGAUGCUGGACAAGGAAUGGGUCAAUCUGUCAAGAGCUGAUCCAGGUUAUGAGAUUGGUGCAUGGAUUUUUGUGAACUCGGUUGGUGUCUCAUCAGGAGACACUAAUAUGGUCGUCUGCCCUUGCAUAGACUGUCGCAAUCUAGAUCGUCACUUAGGAUGUGAUGUGGUGGAUCAUCUUUGGAAUGAGGAGAUUGUUGGGUUAUUUAAAGCUGCCGGCUACUUAGAUGAGGAAUUAGCUAGUAAAGGUGACUUAGGAGAUUUCGUAGAGGGUGAGGAUAAGAAAGAAGACGAGUUUCUAGCUAAGUUAGAAGACGCCGUGACGCCAUUAUACCCUAGCUGUGUCAGCCAUAGCAAGCUCUCGGCGAUUGUGUCUCUAUUUAGGAUUAAAACACAGAAUGGGUGGUCAGAUAAGAGUUUCAACGAUCUACUCGAAGAACUACCAAAAAUGUUACCGGAGAAUAACGUCCUCCACACUUCAAUGUAUGAUGUGAAGAAGUUCCUUAGGUCUUUUGAUAUGGGUUAUCAAAAGAUCCAUCCUUGUGUGAACGAUUGUUGUUUAUUCAGAAAGAGGUUUGAGAAGCUAGACUCAUGUCCGAAGUGCAACGCCUCAAGGUGGAAGAUCAAUAUGCGGACGGGUAAAGUUAAGAAGGGUGUCCCCCAGAAAGUUCUUAGAUACUUCCCUAUUAUCCCGCGGCUUAAGAGAAUGUUCAGGUCUGAGGAAACAGCCAAAAAUUUGUUGUGGCAUUCUACUAAUAAGAGCAAAGAUGGGAAACUGCGUCAUCCUGUGGACUCGGUUACUUGGGAUCAAGUAGACGCUAAGUAUCCGUCUUUUGCAGCUGAACAGAGGAACAUACGGCUUGGACUUUCCACUGACGGUUUCAAUCCGUUCAGCAUGAAGAGUAGCAGGUACAGUUGUUGGCCUGUCCUUCUCGUGAACUACAACAUGGCUCCUGAUAUGUGCAUGAAGAAGGAGAAUAUCAUGCUUUCAUUGUUGAUUCCUGGCCCGCGGCAGCCUGGGAACAGCAUUGACAUAUAA